AUGGCGCCGCCGACACGCGCUCGGUCUCUUGCCAAACCAUCCUUCUCGCCCGCGUUUUCCAAGCUCAAAACAUCCGCCUACCUUGACAGCCUGCGCCCUGGAGCUGUCUCGUCUUCACACUACAUCCGCACCAUAUCAUGGAACGCUUCCGGCACCUUUAUUGCAACUGGCGCCGCAGACAAGACGCUGCGGAUCUGGAACCCCGAGAAGACCAACGUCAAGAACUCGACAGAGCUGCGCACGCCAGGCGCAACUGCUCUUACUUCCCUAGAACGCGUCUCCUUCCACCCGAUCAAUGAAAACGAGCUCGCUAGCUGCAGUACAGAUGGCAUGGUCAGGUUCUGGGAUAUACGGUCCAAAGCUAGCGUUGGCGAGGUCAAGGUUGGCGAGCAGCCGUUCACAUUGGCGUGGACACCGGAUGGGACUGAGAUUGUCGCAGGAAGGAAGGACAAUGUCUUAGUAUCAAUUGACCGAGCAGGCCUCCGCGUCCUCUCGGAGCACCGCCAGCCUCUGCAAACCAACCAGUGUGUUUUCGACUGGUCAGGCACGCAUCUCUACAUGACUGGCGGCGACGGCUGCGUCAAGAUCCAUCGCUACCCUUCGUUCGAUCACGCCCUUACACUCAACGCGCAUACUUCGGCAUGUUACGCCCUAUCCAUGUCGCCAAGCGGCGAGUUCCUGGCUGCCGGCGGCGGUGACGCGCUGGUCUCGCUUUGGGAUACACAGGAGUGGAUAUGCGUUCGCACGCUCGAGCUUACCGGAGGGCUCGUCAAGACGGUAGACUUUUCAUUCGAUGGGAGCUACAUCACGGCUGGCUCAGACGACAAGGAAGAGAAGAGGAUCCAGAUCGCGCAUGUCGAGACGGGGGAAGUCAUACAUACAAUCAAUGUCACGACUCCAGCGGCGCAUGUCGCAUGGCAUCCGUGUCGAUAUGUCCUCGCAUACUCGGCUGACCAACAGGGACUCAAGAUUGUGGGAGGCAUCACAGACCUUUUCUCUGCCAAAGGACUGGUGGUAGUCAUCACUGGAGGUGGCAGUGGCAUCGGUCUUGCCAUUGCUUCAGCCCUAUACCAGAAUGAAGCGGCGAAGAUCUACCUCCUUGGCCGCCGUCUCAAUGUCCUCCAAGAUGCCGUCCGAACACUCGAAUCUUCACCUUCAGCGCCCAAGUCCUCCGUUUCCACCCUCACAGCUAUAUCCUGCGACGUCACCGACCUUGAGUCCGUAAAGGCCGCUGUGUCGCAUAUUGAGAAAGAGGUUGGCUACGUCGACGUUCUCGUCAACAACGCGGGCGUCAUUGGGCCCAAAAGCGGGCAACCAAUCUACAAAGCAGAGUCAAUUGAGCAGCUACGAGAUGCCAUGGUCACAGAAUAUGACGGCUGGACCAGCACAUUGGCAAUCAAUACGCAGUCCGUCAUUGGCGUGUCUGCGUCUUUCCUGCCGUUGCUUGAGGCAGCCAACAUACGACGUGGCUGGGCACCGGGCAAAGUUACGGGCGAUGGGAACCCUCGCGCACGCGACGAAUCCAAGCUCCAAGGCAUAGGCGCGGACGCAGAUGACGACCGACUGGCCCACAUCAUCACCGUGGCCAGCAUCGCCUCGUACAUGCGCUGGGUCGCGGCCGGACUAGCCUACAACGCAAGCAAGUCGGCAGCAGCGCACUUGGCCAAAAUGAUGAGCACCUUCCUGUCUGAAUGGGGCAUCAGGAGCAACAUCGUCUGCCCUGGCCCGUAUCCGAGCGACAUGACUGCCGGUAUCAAUCCGAAAUUCGGGACUAGUCAGGUACCCCAAGGACGCAUGGGCAAUGCCAAUGAUGUUGCGGGACUGCUGCUUUUCCUUGUUGGCAAGGGAGGCGCCUAUGUCAAUGGUACGACGCAUCUCACUGACGGCGGAAGGGUGGGUGUGUAUCCUGCUACAUAUUAG